CAAUCUCAUUCGAAAACAUGAGGAUAAAUACACACAUUUAUAACUUCUUUCACGCUUCAAGGAGGGUUUCCCAUAAGAUUGUGGAUUCUGGCUGCAGGGAUUUGCUUCCAUUCAGUCUCGAGAGCAUGACUGAAGUCAGUCGCAGAUGUUGGGAGAAAAAGAUCAUGCUCCAUCAUCAUCACUGGGGAUUCCAGAGUCUGAUGAGGAAAGAGCUUCGGAAAGCAGAUCUGAUGUCAGCGACGAGUCCGACAGUGACGGAUAUUCAGAUGUGGAAACUGAUUGUCAGUUUCAUGAGAAAGAGCCCUGCAAGUUUUACAACAGCGGUGGCUGUCGGGAUGGUGACAGGUGCGCUUACCUGCAUGUCUGCAAGUACGCCCUGAAAGGAAACUGUCGCUACGGGUCUAAGUGUAAGCUGAAGCACAGCACAAGUGAAGGGGCGUCAUCUGGUGCAAGCAACAGGAUGAGAUAUGAGGAAGAGGAGGAGAGAAAAGCAGACCCAAAGCUUACUGAUGGCCGAUGCUACCAGUGGCAGCUGAAUGAUGGAAACACCUGGAAGGAUAUUAAGAACGACCACAUUAUUGAGGCCCAGUACUCGCUGCCCCACACCAAAGGCAUUAAAAUCUAUAACACACCAUAUGGGGCUGUGAGUAUAGAUUUUAAUAGGAUGAAAGUCUAUGGAAAGAGUCUGAGAGUGAGGCGUUUGGAUGAUGGAAACACUGUGUGGAUCUGGUACUGCAUCUUGCGUCGUAAGUGGAGCAAGUAUGGAGACAAGGAUUCGAAGGGCAACAUGAGUUCUGUGAAGAGCUCGGACAUCGAGAGGAAGUUCCAGAGUAACCCAGCAAGUUCUUUUACUUUCAGCAUCGGUGCUGAGACCAUAGAGAUUAGAUUCAGAGAAAUGCGACAGGUGAGUACAAACAGGAAGAGGAAAGUUACUCGUCGACCAUUCUACCAACGACAGCAAGCAGGAGCAGCAGUCACAGCCUCAGCUUUCCAGAAUAUGUCUCUGGCCCCCAAACCGCAAUGGCAGUUUGAGGGAGACGGCGGAGCCUGGCACGAGUUCAAACACCGGAGAGGGACUCAAAGUGAAUGCUCACUAACCAGCGAAGACAUUGAGAGGAAGUACCAGCAAGACACCAGCGGCAGCAUGGCCUUCAGAGUGAAGGGACAGUCCUACAAGCUGGACUUCGGAGUGAUGAUACAAACCAACCUCAAGACUCAACAUACACGCAGGAUCAGACGUGUGUUGGUGUGAGCAUUGAAGGGAUUUGGAAGGAAGCCUAAACAACUGUGCAAUACCACACAUUAGUGUGUAGUUGUUUAUUGUGGGUGUUUGGCUUUAGUAGAUUUGGCUCUACACUGGCCUGUGUUUACUUCAUUGAAAUGCAAUAGUUGACUUGAAGUCAGAUUUAUGCACUGUGCCAACCUGCCUUUACCAAAACUGCUAUAACAUAUAUACUGAGUGACUGCAUGCUGCCAUACCGGAGGAUGAAAAUAAGAUAUAGAACAAACACUCCUGAAAGUAGCAGGAAAAAAAUGUGUGAUUUUACAUUCAGCAACAUAUCAAAACACUGCCUCUUCUGAUGUGAAUGAAUAGAAUUGACUCAUUCAGAAGUAGAUCUAAUGCAAAUUAGAAGUUAAACAGCAUUGUGCUGCAUAUGCAGAUUACCUUUGAGGUGUUUUACUCAGUUACAUGGUUACAUUAUGCAAUUCUUUGGUCAUAAGGUUAGUAUAAAUGUAUUUUCCUUCGCACUACUGUACCAAUGUGAUUCUGUUUGGCUGAAGAUUGAAUGUUCUGUCAUGGGAAUUGAAAAUGAAAAUAAAGUGUUUUGAAAAAA